UGCUGCCAUGCCAGGUUACCGCUCCGUCUGCUGCUGUGUUAAGCUCACCACAACAUCCCCCCCCCCCUUACCUGCUCCUACACACCUUAGUGCCAACCCUCAUCCCACACUAACGUAAGAGAGGGCCAGGUACAGUGCCACAUUCGAAAGGGGGGAAAGAGGAGCUAGUGCCAUUUACAUUGUGCCAACACGGACCUCUACUGACACACACACACACAAGGAUGGUUAUAAUGGUUGGGUCGUCUUCUGCUACCGAUUGCUAACCUCGAUUCAUCAUCAUCCUCCUGAUCUGACCUCACCUCACCACAAGAUGUCCGUACAAAGCGUUGGAGGAGGAGGAAGUAGAGGAGGUGACCUACAGGCCACAGAACUAAAGCCAGCGGGGCUCUCACAGAACAAGAGAGAGAUCGCCGUGUAUAGCAAUUACUCCCGCCUGAGCGAGCACUUUAGACAAGUUACCCCGACCGAGCUGCAAUGUUCAGUUUUCUGUGGUGGUCGGCGCUGCAAGUACGAGAACGGAGACGCCUGGAACAGCGAUGAUAUGGCUAUACCUGGGAUAUAUUCUCAUUGGGUCACGGACGGUAUCCUGGCUAUGGCUCGACCAAGCAGCGUGGUCAUCAUCAAAAAGGAACUCGUGGCACAGUUCCUGAAACACGACAUCAGGACAGUGGUCAACCUACAGCUUCCAGGAGAACACGCAUCUUGUGGUGAACCUCUGAACGACUCUGGCUUCAGCUACGACCCCAGCGUCUUCAUGGAGAACGGCAGUUACUACUACAAUUUCGGACUGAAGGACUACGGGGAGCCGACCCAGGGGGGGCUGCUGGAUAUGGUCAAGGUGAUGGCCUUCUCUCUCAGCGAGGGCAAGGUGGCUAUACACUGUCACGCUGGUCUGGGUAGGACAGGUGUGUUGGUGGCGUGUUACCUGGUGUACGCUCUCAGGGUUCGAGCUAACGACGCCAUCCGCUACGUCAGGAUAAAACGCCCCAACGCCGUCCAGACCAGCGCCCAGAUACAGGUGGUGCAGGAGUUUGAACAGUUUAUCCUGCCGCAGCUCUGUGUGUUCAGUAACAGAGAGUUCAUGAAGGAGAAGAGGAACCCAGAGUUCACCCUGCAGCAGUACCUUCACCGUCAGCGGACCAUCCUGCACGGCUACGAGGCUCGCACCCUCAAGAACAUCCCCAAGCUGGUGUACGUGGUGUGUGAGAGGUUACUGCGGCUGUGUGGUUGUGGUGGCAGCAUGGCGCCCCCCCACUUGCUGGCGCCCCUCGAGAUAUCCUACGCUGUGGGGACCCCAUCCUUCACCUCCUUCUUCCUCUCAGCACAGUACGACCACGAGACCCGAGUGUCCUACUCCGCCCCUCAGAGUCUGGGAUCACCAGCACUAUCAGCCAGCUUCAACAGCGAGCGAGCAGGUGGUGUCCGUGUACCAUCUGAGGACGACUCUGGGUAUCCCGGGGGGGAGGAGUUUUCCAUGGGGGAGGUGUCCGUCCCCAACUCUGCCCACUACCCCCCCCAGACCAGACCCCAGAAUAACUGCAUCACCCCAGACGUGCCCUCAUGUGACUCUGACAUGCCCGAGAGGAACAUCGACUCACUGCUAAACGAUGGCAUCAGUGACCAGCAGCUGACCGACAACCUGUGUUACCAAGAGCUGGCCUCCCAGUCUGACCUCCGGCGCCAGGCCCACCACGAGGCCCUCAAGGUGCGUAUGACCUCCACCACGUUUGACUUCCACCGUCACCUGGCCCUCAAGGUAAUGCCGCCGAAGGAGGUGUACGAGGCGCUCCUGGUCGAUCACUCUGUGCUAAACGUGGAGCUGAAGAAACAACUAAAGAGCUAUAGGAUAGACCUUAACGUGAAGCAGUCAGCCUGGGAGAAACUCAAGACAGAAACCAACCUGUAUCUGCUGACAGGUCUGUUGUUCACGUGGCUGGAACACCUACGGACGCCUGUACUGGGGGUCGAUGCUCUCUCCUACAUCGUGUUGGCCUCCAGUAAACCUGAAGUCUGUCUCCGGAAGCUUGAUAGGGAGGUCCGGUACACCCUCGAGUAUCUGGUUCGGUUCGUGUCUCGCCUUCAGCCGUUCACCCGCACCCAGCAGGAAGCAGUCAUCCUUCGGCUCAUUGCAUCCAUCACCCAGCAGGCUGUACCCGUCCGUGGCACCCUCCUACCAGCAGGGAAGGGAUACAACAAGCUGCGGGAAGGCACCCUCAGGAAGGUGGUGGAGUUCAUGAACAAACUCUUCGAGCUGGUCUACAUGGAAUCCCGCUCAGGCAGUGCUGUCUCCGCCGCCUCCUCCACCAGCACAGAGUACACCAACCGAGUCACUCCGCCAGGCCAGGUCGUCACGCCGCCGCCCGGAGAAGGUGCCGUCGAUGGCAUGGGAGGAGAGAACUCUUAAAGACAGCCACUGACAAGCCUCUUUAUAUGGUCUAUGUCUCUUUUAUUGUCGUCUCGAGAAGGACCCGUGAUUGGUUCCAGUCUCACGUCUCUUAACCAGGAUUCGGUGUUGUGAUUGGUUGUGUCCAGUCCUGAAGCAGGCUGGUGAUUGGCUCCACGAAAGUUUUGGCCAGGAAGUGUUUCCCCGAGGGAGUGACAUGAAGGGUGAUGGUUCUUUGCUUCACCCCCCAUUGGCUCAGAGCUCCUUGGUUCCUGGCCAAUCGUUGGUCUCGGCUGACAGGUAUGAGAAACAGGUCUAAGCAUCACGCAUCGUUCAGUGUAUCACAGCAGCAGAGUCCGCUAGUGCAGUACUUCGUCUUCGAUGUCCCCACAAACGUCUUCAGCGAUCAUGUACAGCACCACUUUGGUCGUCCGUGUACAGUGUCCUUCCCUCCGUCCCACAGCAGCAGCCUCCCACCCCAAGUGUCCUAAUGUCCUCAUCUGAGUGUCCACUGUACAGUUCCGUCCAGUAAUCCCUGUACAGACUACCCCACACCACACCACAAUUAAGAAGCUGCCAUAUUCCUCUCCUUACGCCCAUGACUCACCCACACGACUCACAACACAACAACACAGUCGCCUUCUGCAGCUUCUGACAACCUCGGCUUAUGUUAUAUUAUCGUUUAUGUCAGACAACAGUUCAAGUACAGGUAAAGGCUACACAGUACAUGUAUCUAGCCCGACCUUGUAACUAUUACAAAGCAAAGUAACUUUCACUACAACUUGUGUUAAGUAGAGAUGACAACAGUACAACUUGUGUUAAGUAGAGCUGACAACACUACAACUUGUGUUAAGUAGAGCUGACAACACUACAGCUUGUGUUAAGUAGAGCUGACAACACUACAACUUGUGUUAAGUAGAGCUGACAACACUACAACUUGUGUUAAGUAGAGCUGACAACACUACAACUUGUGUUAAGUAGAGCUGACAACACUACAACUUGUGUUAAGUAGAGUUAACUACAACUUAUGCUAACUCUUUACUCCAUUAUCACAAGCACAUACACCCAGGGAGUCUAAAUCAUUAUAAUAGCAUGUUUAAUAAUAGUAAUAGUAGAUAAUAGUAAUAGUAAUCUAUAUUUUUCUGCAUGGGAUCUGCCUCAGCUGCAGCAUAGAACAGUAGUAAUGCAAAUCUCUAUUGUAUAUAUUUUGUAACUUUCUUAUAUACGUAUCAACAGGUCUCAGACGAAAGCAAUUUAAGUGUAUGCUUCAACAUAUUAGGUAGUCCUCGCUUAACGUCGCUUCACUUAACGUCGCAAAAAGCCCGACUUUAAGCGGAGAACAGACUACCUCGCUUAACUUAACGCCGCAGGAAGCCGCUUAUUCGACGUUAAGCGGGGACUACCCUACCUGUCUGUGUUAUUAACUUUCUGUGAUGAUAUAACCAGUGGUGGGGAUAAAUAAGUACCUUGAAAGUAGAAGUAGAGAAUUAAUGUAAAAAAAAAAAUCCUCCAUAGACAUCUCCUUAGAGUUUAUAAGUACUGAAGUGAAUCAAUAAGUAUUAUAAGUAAACUAAAAAAUAAAUCCUGGUUGUGAGGGGACAAGUUAAGUGUUUGUAAGUAAGUCACGAGUAAAAUAAGUACACGUAAAGUAAGGAAGUCAAGUUUGUAAGUACUGAAGUGAGUGGGUCGGGUUUGUGGUGUGUUCUGACCUUAAGAUGAUAAAUUAAUGUAACUUGUAUUCGGUUUAUUUAUUAAUGAGAGGGAAGGAGAGGGAAGGACAAACAUGAGAGGGAAGAAGAGAUAUGAGAGGGAAGGAUAGACAUGAGAGGGAAGGAUAGACAUGAGAGGGAAGAAGACUUAUGAGAGGGAACAAACACUUUACUACUUUUACGGAUACAUAUAAAACCCUACUUAAAAUAUACUUAUUAAUUCAACUUAUUUCGUCACCACUCAAAAUAUCUUGCUUACAUCUAGGACAAGUUUACUUACAAAUAGUAGUCACUUUACAACCUACUUAUAAACGUGGUAUUUACAGUGUACUUACAAAUCCUACUUAUAUUAUACGGUACUUAUAUUUAUUUAACAUAGGUACUACUUACAAGGUAGAGACAAACUUUACCUACUUUACAUGAUACUUACAAGGUACUUACAAAAUUGACUUACUUUAUGCAAUACAAACUUAUUUUAUAUACACAUUACUUACAAACUUUACUUAAAUUACAUGGUACUUCCAAACAUUAUUUAUUUUACAUGAUACUUAAAGGAACUUACAAACUAUACUUACUUUACUUAUACACAUUACUUACAAAGCACCAACAAACUUUAUUUUUAUACGAUAUUUAAAGAGUUCUUACUAACUUCACGCGCUACUUACAAACUUUACUCUUACACCAUAUAUAAAAAGUACUUACAAACUUUAAUUACUUUACACAUUACUUACAAGGCCACUUAUCUCCCCCCCCCACUACAUCACCCGCCAAUAGUGUCUCGUCUUUUUUAUAGUGUUCUGUGCCGUAGUGAUGUUGUGAGUGUCUGACUAUACUAGAAUCUUAAAUUAUAAGUAAACUACAAGAUUUUCGGUUCCGGAUUAUAUAGUGGUGAGUGAGUGCGAGAGUCAUAUUAAUUUCGGAUUAUGUAGUGGUGAUGUAUAUGUGUGUGUGUGUGUGUGUGUGUGAGUGGAUUAUUUCCUGGUUACAUACUGGUGAUGUUCAUAAAUGGGAUAUAUAAGAGAAUUUAUUCCACCCGGGUUACAUAAUAGUGAUGAGACCAAUUUAUUCCGUCCGGGUUACAUAAUGGUGACUAAUACACCAUUAUGCAGGUAACAUAGUAUUAAGAUAUGGUGUAUACUGUAUUGUCCAGAUUGUAUAUUGUAUUACUGUUGACUACAUCUGUAUUCAUAUGUGACUGAUUGUUGUAUACGGCUUAGGAAUGUAUGGCUCAUUGGUGUAUAUCUCAUGGUUGUAUGGUAUAGGAUUGUAUAGUUGUAUGAGUGUAUAGUGUAUGAUUGUAUAGUACAGGUAUAUUAGUGUAUUGUGUAUGAGUGCAAGGUGUAAAGCGUAGUAUGUAUGUAUGUAUAUAUAGUGUACGAUUGUAAAGCUGUCUGAUGUAUGAUUGUAUAACAGUAUUAUGUAUCAAUGUAUAGUUAUUAUGAUGUAUGGUUGUAUAUAUCUGUAUGACUGUUGUAUGAACGUGUAUAUCUCUCAGUCCAAGUCAAUGAUUUCCAAAGAAUCGUACGAUAUAUUUUCCCCUCAUCACAUCGACGCCAUCUUGUUUACACCAUACGUCAGGCAGCGAGGAGGAAAACAUAUCGUACGGGGGAUACUUAAGUAACACCAAGGUAUACACAUGUUGUAUUAAUUGUUUACUUAAUGUAUUGGAUAAGAAAAUACAAUAUGGAGAAGCUAA